AUGAGUGGUAAGGCGUCCGUAGGGCUGGGGCUCCUGCUGCUGGCUCUGUGCGGCUCCGCGCACGCCCAGACAGACGCCCCGCGGCCCGCCGCCCCGCCCGGACCGCCGGCCCCGCCGAGCCAGCCCUGCGACCGCACCAGGAGGAUCUUCACGGAGGCGCACGGGGAGAUCAGCGACGGUCCGUCCGGAUUCAACUACACUCAGGAUUCACACUGCGAAUGGCUCAUCAAGGCGAAAAACGAUAGUCAAUAUAUAACGCUAACAUUCCGAAGUAUGGGAACAGAGUGCUCGUAUGACUACAUUUUUGUAUACGAUGGCGACAGCUUCAGAUCACCGCUGUUGGGCAGCUUCAGCGGCAAGACGGAGCCUCAGCAGGUCGUCGCGACGUCCGGAAGUAUGCUCAUUCUUCUGUACAGCGACACAAAUUACGUCCUGGAUGGCUUUAAGGCUGAGUUUUCGGUGACAAACUGCCCGAACAACUGCACAAAGAGGGGAAAGUGUGUGAAUCACAAGUGCAUCUGCCAUGGCGACUGGAUGGGUGAGGAUUGCAGUGGCAACGCCUGUCCGGAUCGCUGUGGCGAGGAUGAGGCGCACGGCGUGUGCUCGGGCGAAUGCCGAUGCCGCGAUGAGUACUCCGGACAGAGUUGCAGUCUGCACAAGAGUCAUCCGGUGGGCAAUGAGUGGCACUGGCUGUCCAAUUCCAUCCAGGGAUUGUCGCCAAGGGCGGCACACACGGCGGUUUAUGUGCCAGAAACGGAUUCCCUCUACGUUUUUGGCGGUUACGAUCUCAAUAACAUUCUCAGUUCGCUGCAGAUUUAUCGCUUCGAGAAGAGUCGCUGGGAGGAUGAAUGGGGUGUGAAGCUGAAAAACUCCCACAAGUUCGAUAAGACGCACGUGAAGGAGGCACUGGAGACAGACAGCAGUCAGUGGGGAUUGAGUGCAUCGGCCUCAUUCUUCCGCAACACUCUCUCCACGCUGUCCACGUUCAAUCAGUUCGCCAUGCGCGACAUGAAGUCUCAAAUGCCCGCCAAUCGCUCGGCUGAGGAGUUGAUCGAUGACAUUCUGGGCACUUCGCGGCCCACGGCGAGAUAUGGACAUGCGGCGUGUCGCAUGCCGGACGGUUUCUUCAUCUACGGCGGCAAGUUGGCCAAUGGCAGCUUGUCCGGUGAAUUGUGGUUCUACAAUGUGUCUCAAGGCGGCGGCGAGUGGCAGCUGAGGGCAAGGAAUUCGAGCGUGAAGCCGCCAGCUCUCACGCGUCACACUCUCACUUUAGCCGGUGACUAUUUGUACUUGUUCGGCGGCAGUCGAGACAAUGGGGAGUUCUCAUCACGAUUGUUCAAGAUAAAGGUGUCUCAGAGUGAUGACGAGGAGCAGCAGCAGCAGUUGGAGUUGGAUGAUCAGUGGCUGGAGGUGUCGCCGCGCGGUGGAAAGGUGCUGGAUGUGAGAGUUGUGGCGCACACGACGGUGUAUCACAAAUCGUCCAACUCUCUGAUUGUCUAUGGCGGUGUUGUGGCCGGCGUGGCGCGCUUCUCGAAGCUCUCGGACAGGAUGUUCGCCUUUCAGCUGGAUAAGUUGCACUGGACGGAGAUUAUGUAUCCGCGAACGCCACUGCGGGAUGCUUAUAUUCCGCGCGAGAGAGCUUUUCACACCACAACGAUUGUGGGGAAUUAUCUGAUUGUCUUCGGUGGAUAUUCGCACAGGCACAACAAGGAGGAGAUCUGCUAUGACAAUCAGAUGUACUUGUACCAUCUGGGAUGUCACACGUGGGUGAAUCAGGAUGUUCUGGGUGUGGGCAAGAGAACGCGAUAUCCGAAGCAACAGGGUGUGUUUGCCCAUGCGGCGUCGCUGAGGAAUAAGAACACGCUGCUGAUUGUGGGCGGUUAUCAUGGGAAUGUCAAUGGAGAUCUGCUGGCUUACACGCUGCCGCCGAUACUGGUGAUGAAGGAUGAGGAGACCUUUGAGCCUGAACCACUGUGCUCGAAGCACUCCAGUGUGUCUGAGUGUCUGUCGGAUCCUGAGUGUGGCUGGUGUUCAGCUGAUGGUGUGUGCUAUGGCAGAACUGUUGGGGCGAAUUGCACCACUAAUCUCCAGACGACCAGAUGCCCGGGAAUCUGUCCAGCACUGGGCGAUUGUCACUCGUGUCUGCUGCACGGAGCCGUUGAUACUGUGGACAAGAGUCAUCAGACUGUGGCACACAAGCUGGGCCUUGGCCAGUGCUCGUGGUGUGUCCAGAAUGCGCGCUGUCACCACAAGGAUGACAAUUACGGUGUUUGCGGCGAGGACACGCCUUCGCAGUCGCCCGGAUGGUGGGGAGAGAAGGGCACGGAGAUCUCGUCGGCGGACAAGUGCACGGAAUUGGACAGGAGGCCCGGAUUGACGUUCAUAAAGUAUCUCCAUCCGGUGAAUUGGACGAUGCCUGACCAGGUGACGAUUGUGAAUGCCACAAUGGUGGACUUCAAUGCGCCCUCGUCAAACACUCACACCGAGCAGUCCUUCCAGGGCGACAUGGUGGCGAGAUUGGCGGGCUUCAUCAGGCCGCCACAAUCGUGGGAUAAAACAGGUGAAAUGCUGAGAGUUUGUGCGAGUUAUUCUGAAGCAACUCUGCGCAUGUCAACCGGCAUUGAUGUGAAGCUGGCGGCCAAUAUCACGUCGGAGGCGACUUACUGCACGAACGCCGAUUGGCCGCCGCUGAAGAGCAGCAGAAUCAUGGUGGACUUCCAGGCGAGGCGCAAUGUGGGCCUCGGCAAUACUUACCAUCAUCAGCAUCACAGCAAGAUGGGUUUGCAGCACAACAGGACGAGUGAGAAUCCCAAGGCAUUCACCUUUGAGUAUCUGGAGCCCUUCACGAAUGGCAGCAAGAGUUGUCACAUGUACAAGAAUUGUCUGCACUGUCUGUCGGACUCGGCGUGUGGCUGGUGUGAUCUCACGGAUUCCUGCCUGAGGCGCACGGACAAUGAGAUUCAGCAGUGCAGACGCGAUGGCGAGUGGAAGUACUUGACGCUGCAGCCGUCGCACUGCGCCAACUGCUCGAAUUACAUCUCCUGCGAGCAGUGCGUGGAGUCCGGGCUGUGCGAGUGGUGGGCAGAGGACGCGCGGUGCUCGAGAAGGGGCAGAGCACCGCUGGCUGUGGCGGAUGUGGCUCUCUGUCCGGCUCCCUGCUAUGCCAGGGAGACGUGCUCGGCGUGCCUGGACGAGAGGGGAAGGUGCGUGUGGUGCGAAGCCACGCAGCAGUGCUUCAGCUUCUCCGUGUACACGAGUGAGUAUCAGUUUGGACUGUGCCGCGAGUGGUUGGAUCAAACGAUGCCGCUGGCGUCGAUGCAAUUGGACAGCGUGACGUCGGAUGAACAUGCGCUGAUGGUGCAGCAAUCGAUGCCGACGCAGCAGUGCAAAUCCUGUGCCAGAUUCUCCAAUUGCACCUCGUGCUUGAGAUCACUGAGCUGCGGCUGGUGCUUCGAUCGGGACAAUCCCAUCGAGGGCAUUUGCAUGCAGGGUGAUUUCAACAGAUCCACGGACAACUGCGCCGCUGCCUUGAACACGACACAGCAGGAGGCGGAGUGGGCUUAUGCUCAGUGUCCGGAUGUGGAUGAGUGUGGCCUGGGACUACAUGAUUGCCACAAGGAGGCGAAGUGCACGAACACACACGGAUCCUACAAUUGUCACUGUCGGAGAGGAUUUAUCGGCGAUGGGAGAACAUCGUGCGUUCGCACGUGCUUCGAGACGUGCAUUCACGGAUACUGCGAAGGAGCGCCGGAGUACAAGUGCGCCUGCAACUUGGGCUGGACAGGGGCGGAUUGCAGUAUCAAUUGCGGCUGCAACAAUCACUCGACGUGCAUGGAAGCGGUGGGACAGUGUGAUGAGUGUCGCAACUGGACUGAGGGUGAAUUCUGUGAGAGAUGCUCUGCGGGAAGCUACGGAAAUGCCACAUCAAUCGUCGGCUGUCAGCCGUGCAAUUGCAAUGGACACGGAAAUGAGGCGUUGGGUGUGUGUGAUGUGCAAACGGGCGAGUGCUUCUGUCAGGACAACACUGAAGGGAUUCACUGUGAGAUGUGCAAUAGGGAGUUCUAUGGAGAUCCUCGAGAUGGUGGUCAGUGCUUCUUCCAGUGCGAAGCACGAGGAAUGCUGACACACAUUGGACGCCAAGGAAUUGGAUCGAUGCAAUCGCACAAGUCCAUCUGGACGGGUGGAGCUGAGACGCGGGAGUGUCUGUGGAUAAUCAAGCCGAGAACUUCGGGUGGAGCACUGCUGAACACCAGUUUGAUUCAGUUGCACAUCAACAGGGACGAUCUGAAUGUGUCGUGCGUGGACAAUGCGGUGUAUGUAUACGAUGGCUUGCCGGAUUUGACGGGGAAUACGCAGCAGAGUCAGCUGCUGGCGGUGUUCUGCAAUCAGGACAGCACGGCGAUGACUGUGGAGGCGCACACUGGUCACUUGACGGUGUACUACAGACAAGGACCUGUUGGGCAGGGCUUCAAUGCCAUGUACAGCGUUCACAGUUGCGCCUCGGGCACUUGUCAGCCGCCGCACGUGUGCAAUGCGCAGGGGAAGUGCGUGUGUCCGGAGGGAUUCAUGGGUCCGCACUGUCGCAUCGAGAGAUGCCCGGGAAAUUGCAGUGUGGCCAUGAAUCGUGGCAGUUGCGACAUGUCCUAUGGACGAUGUCUGUGCGCCAAAGGAUUCGGCGGUCCGGAUUGUUCGGUGAAGCUGACGCACAGAGAUGUGGUGAUCUCGGAGCUGUUCAAUUCGCAGCUGAUCAACGAGAGUCUGGAGCACUUGCGGAAGACUCUGCCGCGCUUCGGGCACUCAAUGGUGGCGGACAAGAGGGCGUCGUUGUGGAUGUUUGGCGGCUAUUCACUGUCUCACGGACCGCUGAAUGACAUCCGGCAGUUUGACACGAAGAACAACACGUGGAUGCAAGUGACGGUGGAUUCCACGGCGGAGGCGAAGAUGCCAGAGGGAAGAUACUUCCAGGCGGCUGAGAUUGUGUUCUCCAAGCAGGCAAUCUUUGUGUAUGGCGGCUUGACUGGCCAAGGAAAGGGACACGCCAACAACAUUCUGGGUGACUUCUGGCAGUUUUCGCUGCAGAAUCAGCGCUGGGAUGAGGUGGAGAUGGAUGAGGUGAAGCCGCCGCCGCUGGCGGGACACACGCUGACGUUCGUCAAGGAUGGCGACAGGGAGUGUCUGGUGAUAGUUGGUGGGUUCUCGACGGAGCGCGGAAUGCAGAACGAAGUGUGGGAGUAUGACAUCAAUGCCAGGAAGUGGGAGAAGCUGGCAGCAACGGGAGCUGGACCGCCAGGCGUGUAUGGACACUCGACAAUCUUCCACGCCACCACGAAGUCGCUGUACGUGUUUGGCGGCGUGGAGUUUGAGGGCCAGAAGACGGAGAUCUCCAACAAGCUAUUCGCCUUUCACUACUCCAAGAUGCUGUGGAGUGAAUUGCCACUGUUCGAGGACAUGCUGAGGGGUGUGAUUCAUGUGCCGCGCGGAAGAUUCCUGCACUCAGCCAUUGCCACUGAGCGACACAUGCUGGUCUUCGGCGGCCAGACGCAUCCGUACAACAGUUCAGACGUGAUGGCGGCUUAUGUGUUCAAGUGCAACUACUGGAUCCGGAUCACGGAGGAGAUUGCGAUUGUGGGCAAUCUGCCGUCGCCCACGUACGCGCAGGCGAUGGCGUAUGAGCAGGACAGCGGAGCUCUGUACGUGAUUGGCGGCUGGGAUGGCAACACGAGGAGUCGCGUGACGAAACUCCAAGUGCCGGGCGACAUUUGUGAGUUGUGGAGCAGCACAAAGUACAUGUGUCGCAUGUUCAUGGGCUGCAGCUUCUGUUCGGUGGAGAACACCAAUCACUGCUUCUCCAGUGGCGGUUCUGAAGUGUGCACGGGCAUGAAUUCCAGGACAAUCUUCAACUAUGGCGCUCUGUGUGAUGAACACUUCAUGGCGAAGCGCAAGUGCUCCAAUUUCACCACUUGUUCAUCUUGUCUGGCCAUUUGGCCGCCUCAUGCCGAACUGGGAUCCAUUUGUCGGUGGUGUGAGGGAUGCGGUGGCGAAGGGAAGUGCAUUAAGGCGAAUCAGGAGUGUGACAAGGAUGACGAUGGAUGCGGUGUGCCGCCGACGAUGGUGGCGAAUAUCAGUGAAUGUCCGAACUUGAGGUGCGAAGCGACGGAUUGUGAGAGUUGUCAUGCACUCACCGGAUGUUCCUGGUCGCAGAAUGGCACGGAUCCGUGGCAGUGUGUGACGUCGGAAGUGGUGGAGGAGGAAAAGUGGUCAACGAGUGUGGGAUCUUGUCUGCCGAGGUGUCACACGCACAAGAACUGCAGCACUUGCUUGGCCGCUCACGCGUCUGAAGGCGGCUGGGAGCAUUGUCUGUGGUCCACGCAGCUGAAUGAGUGCAUUUCGCCGAGUUAUCAGCCUCUCUACUGUGCCGGCGGAGUUUGUGGAUUGGUGUUGACGCACGAGGAUGAGCUGAACUGCCCCGAGCCGUGCAGUUCCUUCACGAUGUGCUCCACAUGCUUGAGGCACGCUCACUGUGGGUGGUGUGCGCGGGAGGGCGCCGAGGGGGAUGGCGUGUGCACGGAGGGCAGCAUUGAGAGCCCCACGGAGUAUCCAGCCGCUUCCACGUGUGACAUCAUCUACGCCAGUCGCCACAACAUCACCACCGUGGAUCCGCAGGAUGAGUUCAAGUGGUACUACGUCCAGUGUCCGCCUGAGGAUGAGUGCAUCAAUGGCCAUCACACGUGCAGCCCGAAGUCCGAGCAAUGCGUGGAUCUGGUGGUGGGUUACGAGUGCGUGUGCGCUGUGGGGUAUCAGGAGGAUCAGGGCGAGUGCAUUCCGGUGUGCACGCAGGGCUGCGUGCGUGGCAACUGUCUGGAGCCGAAUCUGUGCGAGUGUCACUUUGGCUACGUGGGCGCCAACUGCAGCAUCCAGUGCCAAUGCAAUGGACACUCCAACUGUGGCGGACCGGAUCGCCUGGAUGAGUGUCUGGAGUGUCACAACAACACAAUGGGCGAGCAGUGCGAGAAGUGCCAGAGAUUCUUCGUGGGCGAUCCGCGGAACAAUGGCGAGUGCAUUCCGUGCAAUGACUUCUGCAAUGGCCACUCGGAUCUGUGCGUGAUGAAGUCCUCUGACGCCCAUGUGUUCAAUCUCACGCGCAAUGAGCUGGAGAAGUACUUGACGGAGGGACCGAGCGUGGACGCCGUUUGUCUGCGCUGUGACAAUCGCACGGACGGCGAUCGGUGCGAGGGAUGCAUUCCGGGACACUUCCGCGAGACGGUGAAUCACAGAGAUGCGUGCAGGCCGUGCGAGUGUCACGGCCAUGGCAACACGUGCGAUCCCGUGACUGGGGAGAAGUGCAAUUGUGGCAACAACACCGAGAGCGACGCCACGUGCUCGGCGUCGGCCAGCAAGAACUCCGCGCAGCAGUGCUGGAGUGUUCAGUGCUCCAAGUGCAAGGAGACGUACAGUGGGAAUCCCAUCGAGGGACAUCAGUGCUACAAGCACAUCAAUGUGGAGUCAAAGAUGUGCUUCGACGCCAAGAUCAUUGAUGAAUGCAAGAUCAAACCAUCACCGCUGAAGCCUGGCCAGACGGUCUUCUUUGUCAUCCAGCCGCGCUUCAUGAAUGUCGACAUUCGGAUCAUUGUGGACGUGACACAGGGUGAAUUGGAUCUGUACAUGAGUCCACAAGAGGAUUCCUUUGUCGUCACAACCAAUCAGUCCACGGGAUAUCAUCACAUCUCUCUGGAUCAUCACUAUCGCUGGGUGACGGAGAUCGAUUCGGACAUCAUCACGCCGCUGGACAUCAGUCCGGCGACCAAGUAUGACUUCGACAACAUGACCAUCACGUCUGAGGAGAAGAUCUUCUGGACGCCACACAUUCAUGACUGCAAAUCGCUGAGCGGCAGCGGGUUUUACGUGAAGGACAAGCACGCCAAGGAUCUCAGCACGUACAUCACGCUGAAUCAGUGCAACACGCUGCUGAGGGUGUUUGGACUGAGGAAUCGCCUGGUGCUGACGCUGCCGCAGAAUGCGCACAAUCUCAGCGCCACGCGCUUCUUCAUGGCGCUGAAGGCCAGCGCCGGACCGGCCGCGAGCUAUGGGCUGGUAUUCUUCCGGCAGGAUCAGCUGCACAUCGACCUGUUUGUGUUCUUCUCCGUCUUCUUCUCGUGCUUCUUCCUCUUCCUGGCUGUGUGCGUGGUGGCGUGGAAGGCGAAGCAGGCGGCCGACGUGCGCCGCGCACGCCGACGACAUGUGGUGGAGAUGCUCCACAUGGCGAAGCGCCCCUUCGCCACCGUCACGCUCCAUGUGGAUCCCGACGCGGAGACGCCGAUGCAGCACCGGCGCCGCGGGCGGGUGAAGCAGAUGAUUGCUCAUGGGCAGCAGCAUGACGUGCGUCCGGUGGCUGUGGAGCCCACGGCGGACGGCGUGGCGGCCGUGGGCACAGUGUUCAUUCGUCUUCCCGGCAAGUAUCGCAGCCCCGUGGGCUUGGCGCUCGCGUCGGCGCUCAUCACGCUGCCCAGGAUGUAUCCCACGGGCGGCAGGGCGUUCCUCCGACGGCGCGGCUCCAGCCACGGGGCACCACAGCCAGCUCAGCCAGCGCCGGCGCCAAUGCAACCGCCCAGAAACAACUAGUAUUAAUUCCUCGCUGAAACUGCACAGAGAGAGAGAGUAAAAAUGAAGAGAGUUUCGGUCGGAAAUGAUUGCUCAAGACAUUUUCUCGCAUUGAGAGAAGGGAAGGAGAGAAAAGUAAUAGAUGUUAUACACAGUGUGAAUCAAUUCCUAUUUUAAUGGCGCACCAGAGAUAAGAAAAAAAAAUAUCACAAAAGAAAUCAAAUGUGACAAUAUUAAGUAGUGAAAGGGAAAAUGAAAUCCUUCAGAGACAAUUUGUAGCACAUUUUACCCCCCAUUUAAACAUAUAAAUACGUAGUGAAAAAAAGAGAAGAAGAAAUAAUAAUGUCGCAAACUUUGCAGCUUAUCUACAACACAAAACACCCAAAACAUACACACACUGAGGAAACCACUUGGCGAAUAGACAGGAAUCUCCCGCGAUCUUUUAAGUUGUGGAAAGUAAUAUUUGUGAUCAUCUCGUUUUUCCCCGCAAUAAGUAAUCUCGUAAGUCCUGUAAAGAUGUUCCCGACAAGAGUGAAAUCCAUCCUUAUUGAUGUGUAUAGAGCGUAGAAAAAGAGAGAUAAAGAAAGGAGGAGAAUUGAGAACCCGUAGUUGUAUUCUCGCAGUGUAAAUGUUGCCCUGAGUUGUUCAGUAUAUAGAAAAAGAGAGAGAGAAGCUGAAGAGGAGGAUAAAUGUAUUUGUUUUCGAAAAUGUAUUAACUAUAUUGUAAAUAAUAGGAGAUUAAGAGAUUGAGACACGUUAAGAUUUAGUUGUGGUGUGGAGAAGAAGAAGAAAAGAGAGAAAUCAAAGAAUAGAUAAAAAAAAAAGCGUAAAAUUAGAUGAGAGAAUUUUCUCCUAACUUGUUUGUUGGUUGUGCAUUUUUCUCUUUCUUUUUAUCUUAAAGAAUAUUCUUUUUAACAAGAAAUUGAGAUGAUUUCGUGACAAUUUUUCUUUUAGGAUUCUUUUUAGUCAUUAUAUUCUUUUCUUACCAUCCUUGUUUGUAUGAUAAAAAGAAAAUAGUCUAUAUAAAUUCUGUCUAGCUUGUAAGUUUUCCUUUCUCUUUUUUUGUUUGUUCUUCUGACGGGACAAGGACGAGGUUUUUGUGUUUUGAUUUCGAGAAAAUAAGGCAAAAAAGACAAAAUUAUUUGUAGCACUUUUAGCGGUUACGAGGUUGGGGAUGAAAUGAAUUUAAUUUUUGUAAAAUCUAUUGAAAAAAUGGACUGAGACAAAAAAAGGUUACACUAUAUUGACUUAUAUUUAAAA